AUGGCAUUAUCUUCUUCUUGGCCUCCGACACUCCUUACAACCACCCAAUCCUCCUCAACUCCCAGACUAGUCCCACUCACCUCCUUGAGCUUCCCUUCCAAACCCACCACCACUCCCACCAUUGUUCCCGCGCUCUCCCACAAAUGGAGAGCCAGAAUCUCAUUCUUCCCUGCAUUUCUGAGCAAAGGCAAAGACGCCAAAACUCUCAAGGAGGAGCUUCUCGAUGCCAUUGCUUCACUCGAUCGAGGCGCCGAUGCCACUCCGGAGGACCAGCAAGCUGUUGAUCAGAUUACACGCAAACUUGAAGCAGUUACUCCAGUAAAGGAACCACUCAAAUCUGAUCUACUGGAUGGAAAAUGGGAGCUUCUCUACACUACUUCCAAAUCUAUUCUCCAAACUGGGAGACCCAAGUUUCUAAGAUCGAGGGUAAAUUACCAAGCCAUCAAUGUGGACACACUCAGGGCCCAAAAUAUGGAGUCAUGGCCAACUUUCAAUCAGGUAACAGCUGAUUUAACACCUUUGAAUGCAAGAAAAGUGGCUGUAAAGUUCGACUAUUUCAAGAUUGCAGGCCUGAUACCUGUUAAAGCACCUGACAGAGCCCGUGGUGAACUGGAAAUUACAUAUUUGGAUGAAGAAUUGCGUGUCUCGAGAGGUGAUAAAGGAAACCUGUUCAUCUUGAAAAUGGUUGAUCCAUCUUAUCGAGUUCCUGUCUGAUGCGUACAAUCAUAUUGUUGAAUGUGCAACAAUCUGGUCAGCACCUUUCUCUUCAAUUCAUAACAAUGGACUGAAGCAUGCACGUUUUUGUAUAUCAGAAUCUCUGAUCAUAUAUGGAGGUUUUGCCUCUGCCAUAUCCUUUUUUUCUUUUUUCUUUUCUUGUUUUGUUCUUUGUUUCUUUUCUUUUUGAAAUAUCAUGUAAAAAUUGCACAGUUUGAUAGUUCGAGUUGUUAUAUAUUUUCAUGACGCACACUUUA